AUGAUCUGCCAUAAGCUGGAUGUCGACGUUGAAGCCCGACCAAUCAAACAAAGGAAGAUGAACUACUCCUCGGAAAAGAAUAAAUCCAUCGCCGAAGAGGUGAAGAAGCUGCAAGAAGCAGGCUUCAUUGAGCCGUGCAUGUACCCCAAGUGGCUGGCCAAUGUGGUGAUGGUCAAAAAAGCAAACGAAUAUGUGGACGAUUCCAUCGUGAAAAGCAUUAAGGAAGAGGACCAUAUCAAAGACCUGGCCGAAACUUUCGGCAACCUGAGGAAAUAUAAGAUGAAACUGAAUCCGAAGAAGUGCGUCUUCGGGGUUAAAUCAGCAAAGUUCCUGGGCUUCAUGGUGAGCGAAAGAGGGAUUGAUGCAAACCCGGACAAAGUCCAGGAAGCAUUAGAUCUGCCCGAGCCGGAGACAAAAAGAGACAAGGGAAGGAACGUCGAGGUUUAUGUGGAUGAUUCCAUCGUGAAAAGCAUUAAGGAAGAGGACCAUAUCAAAGACCUGGCCGAAACUUUCGACAACCUGAGGAAAUAUAAGAUGAAACUGAAUCCGAAGAGGUGCGUCUUCGGGGUUAAAUCAGCAAAGUUCAUGGGCUUCAUGGUGAGCGAAAGAGGGAUUCAUGCAAACCCGGACAAAGUCCAUGAAGCAUUAGAUCUGCCCGAGUCGGAGACAAAAAGAGACGUUCAAAGGCUAACUAGCAGCUCGACGCUCAUCGACCUAAACACGUCGGUCCAUGUGGAAGUGUACCAAGAAAGAAGCAUUGAUCUGCCACCCCCCACAGUAUGCAACCUGCGCCCCGAGCCUAGUUGGAUGGACGCGAUCAUAGCAUACAAGGAGAAGGGGGAACUUCCCGAAGACAAGCUGCAAGCAAGAAAGUUGAAAAGGUUCAAUAGAUGGUUCAUAAUCUAUGCCCAUGGAGAGCUCAUGAGGAAAUCCUUCUCAUCCCCACUGCUGAAGUGUGUCGGACCAACUGAUGCCGACUACAUCCUGAGAGAAGUCCACCUGGGCAUAUGCGGAAACCACAUAGGAGGAAGAUCCGUGGCACAUAAGGCACUCCGAGCCGGAUACUCGUGGCCCACCAUGGUUUCUGAGGCAAAAACAAUGACAAGAAAGUGUGAAAAGUGCCAGAAGUUCGCAUCGGCAAUCCAUCAACCAGCUCAAACCCUACAGUCAAUACUCUACCCUUUACCAUUUUCAAAAUGGGGAUUGGAUAUCAUUGGCCCAUUCCCCUCGGCUGUAAACCAGAAGAAGUGGUUGAUUGUAAGAGUUGAUUACUUCAGCAUAUAUAUCGAAGCCGAAGCAGUUUCGGCCAUCACAGAAACCCAAGUCCGAAAAAUCAUAUGGCAAAACAUCAUCACAAGGUUCGACAUACCAAGGUUGAUGGUCUUCGACCAUGGAAAGCAGUUUGAUAACACCCCGCUGCAAAACUGGUGCAAGCAAUUUGGCAUACAUCUAGCCUACUCGGCAGUGUGUCAUCCUCAGAGAAACGGGAAAGCCGAAGCUGCAAACAAGCUGAUCCUCAACGCACUCAAGAAAAGAGUGGAAGAUGAAAAGAGCAAGUGGCUGGAGGAAUUUCCAGGAACACUCUGGUCCCUUCGAACCACCGAGAAAGAGGCCAUUGGACGAACACCCUUCAAUUUGGUAUACGGAGCCGAGGCUGUCAUCCCCGUAUCGAAACAGAAAGCUUAA